AUGUCCUCGGCUCUACUGGUGGCUUUGGCCGUCCUGGCUGUCGGGCAAACUGGCGCUGAGAGGUCCGAGGAAACAGCCCUGAUACAGCAGCCAGUGGCGAAACCGAGCUGCCACAUUUUUCGAGGCACUGAGAGAGGCGAUGAGAUAGCGUAUUCGGCUUGGAGUUCCAAAAACUGGGGGAACUUGCUCUCAGAGUUUUGGGAGGUUCGCGCAAAGGCGGCUCUCUGGGGGAAGUCUUUCAGGACUUCUAACAUCGCCACGUGGACGGGGACAUGGCUCCGGUACCUUCCUGAGCAAGCGCCUCCCGCUGUCGAUUACAGGGACUGGAAGGCGCUCCAGCAGGUUUGCGAUGCCAAGUGUCAGUCUCCCAUGUUUCCACACAAGUGCGUAGGCUCCUGGACGCAUAUCCGGGGCUUGAUCAUCAAGGAAACCCAGGAGGCUCUCCAGACUUAUAGCCACAAGGAGCAUGCGGGCCUUCCCCAGGCAUUUUCCCCGACAGAUGUGGUGGUGCAUUUGAGAUGGGAGCUCGGCCACCAGCAGAUGUCAUGGCCGGGGAGGUCAUUCUUUGAAGGACGACUUCCCAAGAACCCAGCCCAGAAGGUCACCAUCGUACAUCAGCCGACUGCGCCCCCAUAUGAGUCCAUCUUAGCCAUGUACAAGAAGCUGCUGAAGGACGUCUGCGGAGGUUGCCAAGUGGAGGAGCAGACGACGACACAGUUCAACGACUUCGCUACUUUAGCUUUGGCUCCGACUGUUUUCUGCGCAAGCAGCACCUUUUGCCUCUGGGCCGGCAUGGGAAAUCCUGGCACUGUCUACUUCCCCGGCGAGUUUAUGGCCGAUGGCCAGUGCCCUGAGAUGGGUCGUAACUUUGUCUGGGUCAAGGACCGAUCCUUGGGAAAUGGGUUGCGGCGCGAGAUGCCAGAAAGUGACUGGGUCCAGAAGAUCCUUGCUUGGGUGCCUGAGAAUUGA